AUGACAACAACCAAGAUCUGCGUGUUUGUCUCUGGCGCCAGUGGCUUUAUUGCUCAGCAUACCGUCAAGCUUCUUCUCGAGAAAGGGUAUGCUGUGGUGGGCAGUGUGAGAUCCAAAGCGAAAGGAAAAAGACUCACGGGCUUGUUUAAAUCUACGGAUUUUCGUUACUGCGUGGUCCCUGACAUUGAGCCGGCUGGUGCAUUUGACGAGGCCGUGAAAAGCCACCCUGAAGUCACCGCUUUCUUACACACGGCAUCUCCGUUCCAUUACAACGCUACUGAUGUCGAGCAAGAGUUGCUUUUGCCUGCAGUAAACGGCACUAGAAAUGCCUUGUGUGCCAUCAAAAAAUACGGCCCUCAAAUCGAGCAUGUUGUGAUCACAUCGUCCUACGUUGCUAUGUGGGAUAUAGACAAAUUCUAUGAUCCCACUCACAGAGAAGACGAAGAGCUGUGGAGUCCAAUAACGUGGGAAGAAGCGAGGGUCGACGCUCAGCAAGCAUAUUACGGAUCUAAGAAGUUCGCAGAGAAAGCUGUGUGGGAAUUCAUCGAGACGCAGAGUCCAAAGUUCACCGUGAACUUCGUCAAUCCCGUCUUGGUCUUUGGACCUCAGGCUUUUGAUGCGGAGGUGACGCCAGAGCUCAACACUUCCUCGGAGAUUGUCAACGGUUUGUUGAAGUUGGACGCGGAGUCGCAAGUCCCUGAAAUUGCAAGCGUGUUUGUGGACGUGAGGGAUGUUGCUCGGGCCCAUCUCGUUGCUUUUGAAAGCAAGAUGCCCAAUGUACGGCUACUUCUAUACGCGUCUAAGUUUACAGCUCAAGGCAUUAUGGACAUCAUCAAGCAGACGGCAGACUUGCUGAUGGAAUCCUUGCCCAUGGGAAACCCUGGAAGCGGGCCCUGUGCUGAGGCAAAGAUCUGUCACAUUGACAACAGCAAAACUAGGGCUUUGUUAGGGUUUAAGUUGAUAAAUUUGAGGACUUCGGUUGUGGACACGGUGGCCCAGAUUGUGAGAGCAAGAAAUGCGCUUGGGAGUACGUGA